AUGGCGAUCCAAAAGAAGCACGGAAAAGGUCGUCUCGACAAGUGGUACAAGCUCGCCAAAGAAAAGGGCUAUCGCGCGCGUGCUGCCUUCAAGUUGAUCCAACUGAAUAAAAAGUAUAACUUUUUGGAAAAGAGCAAGGUCUUGAUUGAUCUUUGCGCCGCGCCAGGAUCAUGGUGUCAAGUCGCUUCCGAGGUUAUGCCCGCAAAUUCCCUCAUUGUCGGUGUCGAUCUCGCCCCAAUCAAGCCUAUCCCGCGAUGCAUCACCUUCCAGAGCGAUAUCACAACAGACAAGUGCCGAGCGACGCUGCGCCAGCACCUUAAGCAUCUCAAGUGCGAUACAGUCCUUCACGAUGGUGCGCCCAAUGUCGGAACUGCGUGGGUCCAGGAUGCCUUUACCCAGGCCGAACUUGUGCUGCAAUCCAUGAAACUGGCGACCGAGUUUUUGGUCGAAGGCGGAACUUUUGUCACCAAGGUUUUCAGAUCAAAAGACUACAACUCGCUGCUCUGGGUCUUCAACCAGCUCUUCACUAAAGUCGAGGCAACGAAGCCGCCAUCAUCUCGAAAUGUCUCAGCCGAAAUCUUCGUCGUCUGCCGUGGCUACAAGGCCCCAAAGCAUCUCGACCCCAAGUUCCUCGACGCCCGCAGCGUUUUCGCCGAGCUUGCAGACCCCACGCCCAACAACGAAGCAAAGGUGUUCAAACCCGAAGUGAAGAAGAGGAAGCGUGAGGGUUACGAGGAAGGAGAUUGGACACAGUUCAAGGAGGCUCCAGUAUCCGACUUCAUUCAUACUACUGAUCCCAUUGCCAUGCUUGGUGGCCUGAAUAAGCUGAGUUUCGAGCAAAAGCCCAACGGCGACAUUGCCAUCGCCACCAUCGACAAGCUUCCAGAAACCACAAAGGAAAUUAGAGACUGCUGCGCAGAUCUCAAGGUCUUAGGACGAGCCGACUUCAAGCGCCUUCUCCGCUGGCGACUUAAAGUACGCGAAAUUUUCGGCUUUGCGUCAAAGAAGGACAAGGCAGAGGAGGCCAAGGCUAAAGAAGCGCAAGAAGGCGAGGAAGUUGCCGAGAUUGAGUCUAUGGACGAAGAGAUGCAAAUCCAGGAAGAGUUGGAACGCCUGAAAGAGAAGGAUACAAAGGCGAAAAAGAAACAGCGUCGCGCGGAAAAUGAGCGAAGGCAGAAGGAGAUUACUCGGCUACAAAUGAACAUGGCCACACCGUUUGACAUUGGCUUGGAACAGGUCGGACCAACCGGCGAAGACGCCAUGUUUGGUUUGAAGGCCGUCGAUAAGGCUGGUGCUCUUAAUAAGAUUGCCAAAGGAAAGAUGGUGCAGAUUGUUGAGAAAGAAAAGCCGGAAGAGGUUGAAGAAGAACUUGAAACUGACGAAGAAGAAGACUAUCUCGAACGAGACCUAGACGCUAUGUAUGGCGAGUACGUCGAGCAAAGAUCUGCUCGCGAUGCCAAGUACCGGGCAAAACGCGCCAGGAAACAAGACGACGACGGAGAAUGGAACGGGUUCUCUGACGAGGACAAGGAACAAAGUGACGAUGAAGAGCUUGUACAAGACGUCGACAGUGACUGGAGCAGCGACGAACAGGAAGGGCCUCAAGAGCUAAUCACUGAUCUCGAUCGCGAUGGACAGUCCAAGCGAGGUCUUACCAAGCGUGCCGAGCGUUUCUUUGAUCAAGACAUUUUUAAGGGAAUCGAUGGGCUCGAUGACCUUGAGGAAGAUGACGACAGUGGCAUCGAUGUUGAAGGCGAUACCGAAAUGAAGGAGGAGUCGGCUACACCACCUUCUGCAUCAGAGAAGGCACUGUCAAUCCGAACAAACAAGAAGAGUGCCUCUCCUGCAGUAGCUUUUGAUGACGAGUCCUCUGAUGAGGACGAUGACAAAAUCGAAGAAGUCGCGCGCGACGAAACACAGUGGGAACAAGAUUCCAUGCCUAUGAAAAACGGCAAACCAGACAUCGAUAUCAUCACAGCAGAAGCCAUGACCCUCGCCCAUCAGAUGGCUACCGGUCAGAAAACAAAACACGACCUCCUGGAUGAAUCAUUCAACCGUUACUCACAUCGUGACGUCGACGGUCUUCCUGACUGGUUCCUCGACGACGAAAACAAACAUUCUAAGAUACAGCGCCCAACUUCAGCAGCCGCAGCCGCAGCCAUCAAAGAGAAGCUCCGCGCGCUGAACGCUCGCCCUAUUAAGAAGGUCCGUGAAGCACAGGCUCGCAAGAAGUUCAAGGCUGCCCAGCGCUUGGAGAAGCUCAAGAAAAAGUCUGCUCUCUUGGCAGACGAGGAGGGUAUGACAGAGAAGGAAAAGGCCCAGAGUAUUGCACGAUUAAUGUCGAGAGCGGCAAAGAAGAAGCCCAAGCAAAAGGUCAGUGUUGUUGUGGCCAGAGGAGGUAACAAGGGUAUCAAGAACCGACCAAAGGGCACCAAGGGUAAAUACAAGAUGGUUGAUGCUAGGUUGAAGAAGGAUGUUAGGGGCGAAAAGAGGGCAGCGAAGAGGAACAAAAAGAGGUAG